ACGUUGCGGACGCAUUUCCGGUUAACGGAACAUAACGGCACGUACGGUUAUUACAUCACACACAAUUGACAAACCAGAGACACAAGUAUACAUAUAAAGUCGCCCAGCGUAACAGGACGAAGGCGGGAGGUGGAUACAUUGAGACGGAAAAAACUCGCAUCCAUUGUCGGCCUACAAAAACACUAGUUGGCGGCUGACCAUCGUCGCGGCUAUUGUGCAUAUUUUCACGCUUUUUAAUUGAUUUAUUUUGUAAACAAUUUCCAUUUUAUUUGCGAAACACGAGCAAGAAGAGAAACGGCGAGGCAAAGUGUGUGUUAAUUUGCGAAAAACAUGAAUGAGCAGCAGCGAAUUGCAUUACAAUAAUAUGAAUGUGCUAUACCGUUAGAUAGAAAUCGGCUGGAAAAUUUAGAAAAUCGCAGAAGAAACGUUUACGUAUUUUUUUCUCGUGUGGCUAGACGCCAUUUACAGUGUAUGAGUACAUUGGCUGCUGGAUGAGAGCGGAAACGGCAGUCGGGGUGCGUGAGGGCCGCUGGCGUAACGGCAAACGGUAAAGUUGAAAGAUUGGCGCAUAGUGUAAAAUUCGUGUAACAUCGCAUAACAUAUAAAGAAAUGCAGUCGUAGUGGUGUGCAAUGGUGCCGUGAGUAUUUACGAAAGGCAAAAAUAAUGAAAACAAAAUCAAAUCAAAUUAGUGCUAAAAAUUCCACUUAAGCAGCAAUAGUUUGUAAAGCAAAAAUAAUAAUUAAAAGGAAGCACGAAAUUGAGGUUUGGAAAAGAGAUUCACCAAAAAAUCGUAUACAAAUCUCAAAAUUAUUAUUUAUGUGUUUGUAUUGAUUUGCGCACGUGUGCGUUGAUAGUCAUAAGUGUGUGUACUUGAGUGUGUAGGUGAAUGCGAAAAAUUGAUACAGUACAGAAAAUUCCGACAGAAUUGAACAUUUCUGUCGAGAAUACGAAAAUUUCACUCCAUGCAACUACAAUAACAACAACAAGCCAACCGACACCACCGCUAUCAUUGCCAACAGAGUCAAAUAAUUACAACAAUAAUAGCGAGACUAACUACAGCAGCAAGCGGCAACAUUAAAGCAGCAAAAACAAUUACAACAACAAAGCAGGAGUAGUAGCAGCAACAACUAACCACCAACAACGACCCACCCUUGUUGCAUACGCAGUCACUCAUAAUCACAGCCAGUCCACACCGCCACCACCACCGGCAACGUCUUUUGCUUGAACGCGUCCACCAACAAAUAGCUACCCACCCACCCACACCCGCAACCGCCCGCCACCUCAUAGCUGCAGGGAUAUAGCGCGCAUCCUGCAAGCAUCCUGCGUGUGUGCCAACAAACAGUCAAUCAACGUAAGCCACCCACCCCACCAAACAACGCAGUCGAACCGAACAGACAAGCCGGCACUCGAGGUUCACGUAUACACCAUAUACACCGUUGAACACGCUCUCUUUCUCUCUGGCGUUCGAGUGCGCCAGCACUCUCAAUUGCCGACUGUAAACAACAAAAAGCGCUGCUGAAUUCAGAAUUCUAGUGCAGUCGCAACAAAAAUAAACAACCGAAUUGUGGGAAACAUUUUUUGCACGCCAAACGGUAAACAAACAGUACACCGACAGCUUAGAAGCGAGCAAGCCGAACGGGAGAUAAGGUGCAGUGGGAGGCGGGGCGCAGGUGGUGUGACGAAGCAGCAUCUGCAACGGCAACUAUUAAAGUUUUUGCUUUUGUUUUCGUAUUUGAUUAUCGUGUUGUUGUUGUUAUUAUUGCCCACAUUUCCGCUUUGUCACUGAAACAAUAAGCCAAAGGAUAUGAAGGAUAUACUGGCGGCGCUGAUGAUGAUGACGCUGCUGCGUCGGCAGUUGCAGGAUUCGCAAAGGAUAAGUUUCUUGGUGCAAUAUUUGACGAAAUCCGUCCAUUGUUUUCAACAUAUACAGGAAUGAAACCGAAAUGAUAUACAUACAAUUAAGCAAUGCUGAAGUCAAUACUUAAAUAAUAAGUCAUAAGUAAUAUUAUAAAUAAAUAAAAAAGUAUUAAAACUCAAACGUCAACUAAAUUUUCGGACACGAUGUUCGGCUCGAAGUUACGUUCAUGGAUGGAAAACCACAUUGGGCGCCCGCGUAAGAAGGGCGCCAAAAAUAAAACUACAAACAGCAAUACUGUCAGUGCCGCCACUGCCGCGGGCUGUAGUCAUGAGGCAUAUCAGCAUCACGUUGGCAGCAACAAGAAGAUUUCCAGCAACAAUUCGAGCGCAAUUUUUACGCUUCAUCACGCGCGCAGUAACGGCGCGUCUUCCACGUCACCAUCAAUCACUGCCAACUCGUCCGCAUCCGCGGCGCCGACAAUGACGACAGUAAUGGUUUCGCCCAGCACGAUGUCCUCAUUCGGUGCUAAUCAUCACAAUGGUGGAGGUGGCGGUGGCGGUGGCGGUUGUGGCAGUGGUAGUGGAAGCGGUUGCGGCAGUGUCAUUGCUAGUCCGGUCAGGCGUCGUGAAGUCUCGCCUAUUCAAGGCCAUACGCAGAGUCGUUACGGUUGGCAGUCACCGGACCAGGAGACAAUCACUUCACCGAAAUCCGACAAUUUCCUAUAUGCGCCACAACAUCGCGUACGCAGCCAAUCGCAUCACACAAAUCACCAUCACCAUCAACAGCAGCAACAUCAACAACAACCUCCUUAUACAGUGCCAAAUAGUAAGGAUAAUUCAAGUGAUGAUCGUUCAUUGCAAGCAAGGUCAUUCACACAAUCGUACGGUCACCACAUACCAUCACAACAGCAACAACCCUCACAGCUGCCGCAGAAUACAGUACAACAUCCCGCCGAUUGCUCUUCGUCAUCAAUUUCGUCGCUGUCGUGGUCCACUGGCUCUAAAGAGCCUUCCAUGAACUCAAGUGGCAACAACAACAGCAAUAGUAAAGCUGGUCACAACAAUUGCAAUAAUAAUAGUACAUUUGCAAAACCUCUCCCUACACCCGAGGAACAGGAUAACAGUACCACAGAAUUGCGACAUUUCGAAGAGGAGGAUCCAAAUACCGUUCAUUAUGAGGAGAUCCGCACUAUUUUACGUCAUCCUGAUCUUUGUAGUUCUAAUUACAAUAGUAACAACAAUAGAAAUAAUCCUUUCCUCAUACAUGAACGUCCCAAAUCCGAGCAGCUCACCUCGUUUACACCUGCCCGUUCACUCUACGCGGACAGGCGUUCGCAGGAUGACGCAUCCACGCGCUACGGCCGUCUUUUGCCGUCAAAGAUUCAAAGCUGCAGCAACUCGAAUGACAGUUUGAAUGCGAAUGGCUCGAUGACGUAUGUAAGAAGUGGCAGCGCUGAAUAUAUAUCCCAACACUUUCAAAGUUCGGGUAAUGGAUAUGUGUGCCGUACCUCGGGCGAGUUUUCCUCGAAUCAUCAGUCUGGUAAUUUGAACAAUUUAGCAGCUAUGCACUGUCAGCGCUCACGAUUGCGUGGCGGACGGUUUGGCAAUGGACACGUUCUAAACGGCACACAGCCAGGGGCAAAUGUGGCUGGCGUACCGCUCCAUAGUCUCUCAUCGCCAGAAAGUGCUUACUCUACUGGCUAUUCCACCGACGGUACUUCACCAGGCGCCAUUUACACGCCACCGGAAUACUAUAUUAAUAUGCGUACCGGCACGCAUUACUUUCCGAAGAGCGUAAACUCGCUGGCCAUCGAGGCUCAGCGGUACAAAUUUGGGCUGAACAAAAUAGAAGAAAUGUCUCCCAUAGAUCCUAUGCCGAAGACUUCAUUCGCCAAUGCUUCCACUCUAUACAAGCGCGCCGAUUCGUAUGAUAUGGGCCAAGGUUGCAGCAACAACAACGGCACGCAUCAUGAACCGUUCAUACCAUUAGAUGCGCCACAUGCCAUCCAACAUCCUGAAAGUGUUGGACGACAUAGUCCCUUACCGUUACGUAACACUAUUGUUUUGCCCACCUUGAAGGGUUUUGAAUCGCCCUCCCCUAGACAACGUUGUCGCAUACGUACGAAUCCGUGGUAUCUCACAAUGGAAGCAAAUGCACCAGCGACAGGAAGUGUAAGCGUACAGAAUGUGUUAGCAUUUUUGCCACCACCGCCACCAACACAACCGCCGCCAACGGCGAUGUCAACAACAUCUGACACGUCGACGAUUUCCUCGUCAGCGCACUCAACGAGGCUGCCUGAGGCUGUCGGCACGCCUCCGCGCCAUCAGAAACCGGGUAAGAUGACGACAAGUGGAAGUUCAGGAGGUGGGCGAAGGGAACUUGAUGCCGCAAGCACAUCGUCAUCUGGAAAAAGAUCCAGUAAUGCAACAACGGAUGGACGCCGGGUAGUGCAACACAUCCAACAGUCAAGUGACAUGAACAAUGCUGGCAAGGUAUCUGCAGGGUAUGAGUCGACAGAGAGCUCUUCGUCUUUGACUGAAGUGGAAAAUAUGCAAAGGAACUACACACCCAACACUGUGCGUCGUAAGCGUGCAGAGCAAUUGCAGAUGAAGGUAGGCCAGCCUCUAGCUGCCGUGCUGGCGACUGUGUGCGUUGUAAGUGAUGAGCGUGCUGGAAGCAACAGGGAGCCGAUAUUAAGUGAUGAUGAUGCCACACUGAACGAGAUGAUGGGAAAAUUUGAUGAGAGUUACGUGUAUGAGAAGGAGACUGAUAUACUCAGCAGUGAUUCUGACCAAACGGAUUGUCCCUCCGACUUAGACACCGGACAGGAUGCUGGCGAUGAAUGUGAUACUGAUGAGCUGCUCGACAUAGACUUCAUUGAUACCUCAUCUAUGCAGGAGGUUUCUGAGCGUAGAGGCUCAGACUGCAAUUUGGGCAGUUGUUAUUACUACAACCAGAGUCCAAAGUCGGUGCACCAGCACAGUGGAAAACGCGCAUCUGUUCGAUCGCGCAGAAGUUCAAGAAGUUUGAAAAAUGGCCAAGAGGAAAGCCAUGCAGUCAUGGCUACUGGGAGUAGUUCACAGCGACGGCGUAAGCGCUUUCUGAAGACACGCAAGAAGAGUGCCGAAAAUCGUAACGAACAACCGAAUUCGCCACACAAAUCUCGAAAGUCACGCAGUGUAGGUGGUACGCCGGUGUGCGUGCGCAGACAAAGACAUAUCACAGCGAAGAAUAGGAUUUAUGAGACUUCGCCGCUUACAAAUAGAUCCAGCUCACUGGUGUUUACAGACGUACGAGACACUAAACGUUUUAUGACAAUUGCGGAGAGUGAACGGGCUUUGUUGAAAGCAGAUUUGGAGGCAGAUGUUAAGUACCGACAACUCAUACAGGAAGCUGAAUCUCUACUAGUCUCUAUGAAAAACAGUAUGCAAAGCAUACCACGUGACACACCCGUCUCAAGUCCACGACGAGUCAAUCCUCUGGCCAACAAGCGAGUAGAAAUGUUAAAGAACUGUGAAACAGAAACACGCCGCGAACAGCUUAAGCAAGCGCAGCAACGAUCUUUGGAUGCUAUCCAUUUAGAAAAGCAACAGAAACAGCAACAACAAGAGUUAGCGGCCGCUAUUAAUCGACGCAUAGACCUACUGCGACAUGCACCUGCGUCAGCACCUAAUAGUCCACGGUUCAGUCGCUGCAGCCCAAGGAAAACCCACAUAACGAAUUUCAUCAAUCAAAAUGUGCCACCAGAGGUACCGGCGCGCAAAUCAGUAGAAGCAUCAAAACCUCCACAAUCCCCACAGCUACAACUAAAUGGCCGGCUAAUGCCACAGAGCACAAAAUCCACAAUCAUACAAGAACGCAGAUUCCGUAGCCAAUCACCAGUGGCUCGACACAAGUUUGGUGCUUAUUUGCGUCGUAGCCAGAACUUUGAUAGUGACUCGGAUUCCGAGUUUCAAAACAAAGAUUAUGACGAAAAUCAACUAAGAAAUGACGAUUACAAAGAGCAACCGAACAAAAUCUCCGAUGUGGAUGCUGUAAACCACAAUUACUUGCCAGAGUUCGCACGACUUUCACGCUAUGAUGAAGCAGAUUUGUCUAACCACAAUGUGACCAGUUUGAAGAUAAAAUCAGGCAAUUCAGCUGCUGAUUGGCAGACGAGAAUAAUGCAAGCUUGUCCUCAGAGCGAGCCGCUGAAGAGAAAGGUCUACAGCGGCAGCUCGACAUUUGAGCGCAUCAAAAAAAGUUUCGAUUUGGAGGCGGAAAUCCCAAAACAAGCAAUGUUGGCAAAAAUACAUAAUUUGAGGCGUCGGGAGCGUCAAAGCUCGAAUCCACGUUUGAACACACACAUAAGCAGUCACGACUUACAUCUAGCAGUGGGAGAAUAUUGUAACGGUGAUAGUGAAUUUGCUGCCACCAACGGUGAUGAGGUUAAUAAAAAGCAAAUGAUCCUCAGCACAAUUGCAGAUCUGAAACGUAGUCUUGAGUCACAGAGCGUCGAGCUUAAUGGACUCAAUGAGGACUAAUGAUAAAAACAAAAAUAAUGUUUAGAAGAGUAAAUGUGAGUUCUGGACUGUUUUGAUUAAAGGAACUACUAAAUUAACUCAAAAAUAGUACAUAAAAUCAUAAACCUACUGUACUAGUUCAGCCUUGUAAUAUUGUCUAACCAGCCAGAAGAUUUAAAGCAUUAUCUCUGUUUCCUUAAAUACGCCAAACACUAAAUAUUAUUUUUAUUUUUUCGAACUCAAAAUAUUUACGUUGUUAGACAAUAUUCGAUUCAAAAUAUUAAAUUUAUAUAACUUUUUCCCCAAUGUGUUACGAGACGCUUGCAGGCCUUGGUUGAAUCGAGUUUCCCUCUACAUUCAACCUGAACAUUGGUUAACUCUCUAUAAAAACCAAAAUCAAAAAAAAAAAUAUUUUAUUAGCGAACGGCCCUCCACAAAUAAAAACAACUCGAGGAUUUGUUUUCCGAAUGAAAAGUCGUUUCAUAACUUUUAUAACCUGCUCGCAAUUGGAGAAAACUUCAGAAACCUACAACCUUAAGUUUUGCCAGAGAACAUUAUAUCUAAAGCGAUUUUUUCUAUCAACAUUCGUACAGGUUUUGUAAUUUUUAUAAAUUUGUAAACGUAAGAUCAGAUUUUGAUUCUCCAAACACCCCAAAAUAGGUAAUAGUUAUUUAAUUGCCAAAUUUUUGGCUAUUUUAAAAGCUGUGUUUCAAAUGUUUGUCAAAAGGCAAAUUUUGUAGUCGAUAAGUAUGUAAUUGCAAACUAAGAGAGUGUAGUGUAAACCAAAAUUAUUGGCUUUUCUGCCUAAAUCUAUUCAUACAGUAACAUUUUUCUUUAAGCUUUUUAAUUAAACACUCACACAACCCGCCCUUUAAAAAUAACUCAUCCGCCUCAUAUUACCUUUUAGAUUUUAUUUAUGUAUUGACUCUACUAUGAUUUGACACUGACUAUCUAUGUAUUUAUACUUGUAUGUACAUACGAUGAAUAUAUACUGCUACAUAUAUGUAUGUAUGUAACGUGUAAACAUACCUAUAUACAGUAGCUACAUAUGUAUGUGUAUAUACGUUAAUUAAAUGUCAUUGACUUGGAAGAACGUUAAAAAUAUUGUAAUUAUGCAAUUAUUAAUUAAUAACAGGGAACGAAUCGAUAAAACAAUUGAUAAUUAUGGUAAAGAUUGUAUAAAUGGCGUCAUCAACCGUUCAGAAUAUUUCCCAUUGACAGGAAAUAACAUACUAUACAUACACACGCGAUUGAAGGUUACUCAUACGACAUGUCGAAAGAAAAAAUCUAAACACAGCGUAAGAAAUAUACAUAAAAACUAACAUUAAACAAGUAUUACAAUUAAAAUGUUGUUACUAAAUAUUGAUAUGAAUAUGCCCAGCGUAAAGUAAGCCGUAAGAUAGAUUAAAAAAUCUCUAUUUAUGAUUAUAUGAAAGCGAAAAACAAUAAGUAAAGUAUAAUUGAAGGACUGAAAUCAUUGCCACAUUGCUAUUUACCACAUAAUUGACGAACACUAUAUCUAUCUAUGCAUAAAUAUGGCAGCGUUAAUAUAGAAAUUCGUGAAGGUAUAACUAUAUGUAGGUAAUUAUGCGAGUAUAUGGCAGAUAAAUGUUAAGCGGGAACGAUGCAUACUUUUUAAGCCUCGGAAACAUUAUGAUUGAUAUUGUACUCGAACGUAUAGCUAUAGUAACCUUAUUUAUAGAAGAACUGAACAGACCAUAUUUAACAUAUAUAGUUAUGUAUACAUUUGUUCACUGCCAAAAAGUGAAGAGCGUGAGUUUACACGUAUGCAUAUACAUAUAUAUAGUACAUAGGUACUAAGAAAAGUGGUUGCCGUUUUAUUUUUUAAUGAAGAUUGGUUAAAUUUAAAUAUUUGAUAGGGAUAAAAAGGUCCUAAGUGCUAAUUCGUAUGUAUUCCACGAUAUAUGAAUGAUCCUUCAGUAUUAACUUCAUGCAAGUGCCCUGUUUAUGCAAUUUUGUUGGUGAUCAGAACAAAACAAAUAAUAAACAGAGCUGAGAAAAAUAAAUAAUAGUCGCAAUAAUAAAUAAGUUCGAAGUUUUCUGAAAUUUUUCACUUCAAUCAAUUGAUUCUCUUGUUGUUGUUGUUGUUGUAGCGGCAGAAUUCUGCCAAGUUGACAGUCCUUGGCCGGAUAAAAAUCCGGGUCCGUUCCGGUUACGUAGACCCGACUGUCCUGGGAUCAAUUGAUUCUAGGUCUAUUUAGUAAAGUAUAUCUAGCUACUGAAGAGCAGUUGACGCUUUUCACAAUUUAAACAGCCAGUAAACUAGGGAAAUGAAGAGUACAAGGUGGAGAAAACUUCAGAAACCUACAACGUUAAGCUUUCUCAGACAACAAUAUGUAUGUCUAGAGUGUUCUUAUCUGUCAACAUUCUUACUGUUUUUGUAAUUUUGCAAAUCUCUAAUCGUUAGAUUAGUUUUUGAUCAAAACAACCCAAAAUCGGCGAUUUUUAAACUGAAAUAAGAGCAGAACACAAAAACAAUGAUUCUAAUGAGAAUUGCUGCCACAAUAUCAUAUCAUAUAGGUACCACGUCUAGAAAAAUUGUCAAAUGAUUUGCAUUUCGAUAGUUUCACUUAUUAUGAUUUUAACUAAAUUUAACUACAGAAAAAUGCGCACAUACAUACAUAUAUCCAAAAAAUAUUCUAGAAAAUUUGUAUUUUCGACAUUUCCAUGAAACAGCAAUAAACUAGUACACAAACUGGCAGGAUGCUUACCGAACUAUACUAUAUUUAAUACAUAAGCACAUAAGCACUUAAGCAGAAAUCGGAAAAAGUGCUCUAAAUUUAUGUUAAAAUAUACAUAUUUUUAUACAAAUGUAAUUGACUUCCUUAAUUCCAGAGUAUGAUUGAAUAUGCAGUUUGUAAGUGAGUAAUGACUUAAUUGCAUAAGUUCCGACUUGUCUACUCGUAUAAUUUAAGCGGAUUACAGCGACCUUCCGACGAUACACAAAGUUCAUAUUAGGCUUUACCUAGGCACACGUGAUCUGUAAAGUAAAUACAAUAUGGCAUAUCGAUACUUUGCAUUCACACCGAAUUUUGCAAAUAUUUACUUACAAUAGCUUUCAUAUGUUAUACUUAAUAAAUAUAUAUUACACUUAAAGGUUAUUUAAAAUUGUAAUUAUUUAAAAAUAUAAAUACAGUAUUCAUAUGACAUUUUUGAAGCCUACUAACGGUAUUCAUUAAAAGUAAUAUGUCAAAACUUUUGUAGAGGCUUCACGCAUAUUUAAAUAUGGAGACAUUCCCUUUUAAUUUGCAAAGAAAGUAAAGUGCCAUGAUGACUUGGCUUUAUACGCAAAAAUCUCAUUAACUACGAAUUAUGUAAAAGUCAAUAAAUGUAAGAGUAAUUUAUAUCAUUGUGCAAUCAAUAACAGGGUUGCAUGCAGUUACUUACGAAAAUUAAACGGUGCUUCAAGGAAUAAAUGAAAACAGUUGCAGAUUGUAUUUAUAUAAGAAUAUACAACAAUAAAAAUGAAAUACAAAACGGAUCUAGUUUAAGAUACGCAUACAUACAUCAAUACAUACAUAUAUGCGUUGUUGGUCGUAAAAUUAAGUCGAAAUCUAUGAAAAGUCAAUGGCAACUGCAAGAUUUAUAAGCGGAAGUUAUUUAACACAAUUAUUCAUAAUAAUGCAUAUAUACAUAUGCAUAUGAGUAGCAAUUAAUAGUACGCACACAAACCUACAAUAUGAGCUGUUACUCUCCAUCUAUAAUUAUUAGUAUCAAAGGAAAUCGGAAGAAACCGUGAAUUACGGAAAAAUCAUUCGUAUUAAACAUAUUAAUCGGCGAGUCGUAAAUACUCACAUCCUUAAACUAGAAAUAUUUAGUAUUAUCAUAUACGCUUAUCAUAAUUAAAUAUCAUCUAACGUGGGGUUGUGUAUUUAAAUAUUUAUAAAAUUAAUUAUUUAUUAAUUACUUGAGAACAUGCGACAGGAACAUAAAUAUUAAUAAUUUUACCACUUAAAUGCAUUUAAAUACUUUUUAUGCAUUGUUUUUAGUUCAACAUUCAGCGCUACGUAGAACAUUCCUAAUAAGACAAUUAAGAGUAUUUGUUCUCAAUUAACCAUAAAUUGAAGUUGCUAACUUAUUGUUCAAGUAGAAAGGUUAAAUUGAAGUAAAACCCGCAUUCAAUUUUGUGAUGUGAUAAAACUUAUUGAGAAUCCGAAUUGUCAACGGAGGCAAAAUGACAGAAAACUCAAAUAGUAUUUACGCGUUUUAUUGCCACGGAAAUUUUCACAUACAUACAUAUAAAACUAAAUUAUGUUUUCGACAGCUGUGAAUUUUAUUAUUUAAAUUAAAUACAUUUGAAUACCAAAUUGUAUGAUCCAAUAUUUAAACAGGAUAACGGGAACAGUAACGCUGAAACCUCUUUCGAGAUUCCAUACUUUUUUAAAGAAAACACACAGAAACUUCAAAUUGAAUGGGAAACGUUACUACCAUUCGAAAGAACGUUCUUUGGUAUUUAUUUUUUGAUAAUUAACCCUUUCAAAUGUUGGCCGCGGUUACGUCUCAGAUGGUUCAUCCGUUGAGUCCAAUUUUCGAUGACUCGUUCGAGGAUUUCAACUGAUAACUGGCGAAUGACAAGCGUGAUGUUUUGCUUCAAGACCUCAAUCGAAGAGGGAUUGACGGCAUUUACUUUAGACCUUACAUUUCCUUACAGGAACAAGUCUAACAGUGUGAUAUCACACAAUCUUGCUGGUCAAUCGACCGACCUAAACCGUGAAAUUAUCUUCUCACCGAAGUGUUCUCUGAAUAAAUUCAUUGAUUGAUACGAUGCGUGGGAAGUGGCGCCGUCUUGUUGAAACCAAAUGUCACCGAGAUUAGGAGCUUCGAUUUCAGACAUUAAAUAGUCGCUUAUCAUGGCGCGAUAACGGUCGUCAUUGACGAUUACGUUCUCACCGGCAUCAUUUUUGAAGAAAUAUGUGCAGAUGAUUCCACCAGCCCAUAUACACACCAAACCAAGUUGCUCUUUGUCCCAAAUGUGGCAAUUAUCUGCUUUAAAUUCAGCCAGAAAUGGGUCUCAAAAAUGACGGAUCUUCUUAGAACUUUUCAACAGCUCAUAGAGCGAAGCGAUGCCGCUUGGGAAGUCGAGCGGUUUCAGUUCUUGCACAAGCUGUGCGCUUUCAGUUUAAGACCUUGACUGGAAAUGCGCCAAGUCAUUACAAACGUCAGUCCGAGUUAUUGCGAACGGCGUCUCACGCUCAGCUACGGCUGCUAUAUUUUCUUAACUGCGUGCUGGAUGUUGUCUAUUCGGUCGAAUAUUUUCUAACAAUAAAUGCUGGGUCUCAAGAUUGUUGAUGGUGUUGCGAAUAGUACGCUGAGUAGGCCGAUUAUGUCGACCAUAAGUUGAGCAAGGCGUGCGAAACACAUUCUUUACAGAACGUGAAUUUUCGAAAUAAAGUUGAACGAUUUGUUGACGUUGUUCAGGCGUAAGUCUUUCCAUGAUGAAAUACCAAACAAUACUGAACAAAAAUAAUAUGACAGCUUGACACGAUUCACGCAUGAUAUAUGUCAAAAAAAGGCUAUUGAAAAAAGUACCCCUACUUUGAUCACCCGUUACAAGUGAUGGUCUCGUAUUAUUUUCAAUCUUAAAUUAAAGGUUUUUAUUAUUUUUUUUCUAUAUUUGGUAUACACAGCCCCAGUCCUAGUCAUACCUUUUUAGAGUUCUACUCAUAUUUUGCUUAGCAUCUGAAUAGCAAAUAAUUUGAUAUUUAAUCAAUUUUAUAUUAACGUAACUUUUAAGCAAAAUUAAAAUAAAUUAAAUACUUAUUAAUUUACAUAGCAAUUAAUAGAAUUUAAAUAAUUUUAUAUUGAAUAUUAGCACAAUAUUGAAUUAAUUUUGUUUAGAUGAAAUUAUGUGUAUCAAAUUGCAUUGUUUGUUUCAAAACUAGCAGAAUUUAGUUGGAUUUGUUUAGCGUAGAAAUUAAAUAUUGUAAUUGUAAUUUUAAGUGUUAUUUUCCCGCAUUUGAUUUCCGUUUCGCGUGCUUCCGCGCGCUUUUUCCGGAUAAGUGAAGAGCGUGUAGCAAAUGAAUACUCAACGCAGCAUUUGCUUUAGAUAAGAAUUGGCUGAGAGAAAGCGUUGUGAAAUUGAGUUGUUUUAAAAAUAAUGUUGGUACUUUAAACAAAAACGAAAAUAUUUAAAAAUUUAUAUAAAUAAGCUGUUUAUUAUUUGUUUGAAUAUUUUUCGUUUUCUUAUCCUUAAACCAUAUGUAAGCCAUGACUAUUGCCACCGAAUAACCGUAGCUCUUUUAAUUAUCAUUCAAUCACUUAGUGUUGUUAUUAUUUUGUAGUUGAAAAACUUAGAUUUUACAUCAAAUGUGUAUAUCUUUGAUAUAAAUGCAUAAUUAUGCAACUAAUUAUAUACAGAUACACAUCAUAUACAUAGAUAUUAUACGGUUAUUACCACAUUAGCGAUAUUAUAUUUCGUCAGCAUUCUAUCUAACAAUAAAGUGAUAAUAAAAAUAAAAUCAGUGAAAGCAGUAAUAAAAAAUAAUGUACUUUAAAUAUAAUAAAGAAAUAAAUUUGAAAAUACAUAUACUUUUUUAAUCAGUUAUUAGCAAACCAACAAGAAAAAAGCUAUUGCAUGACUGAUGUGUUACUAGCGAACAAUUUGUUUUUGUGUUAAGAUGAACAUAUUUGUCCUCUUUAUUACAAAGCAUUCCCACUAAUUAAGGUGUAAGUACGAGUAUAAUUGUUAAGUUAAUUUCUUAGUAAAGCAUUAUAAUUUAUGCAUUCUUUGUAUUCUUAAGUACUUUGCUUUGUUAAAUUUAUUACUUUCCCCUGUUGAGUAGUUGUGCUGUUUUAUUACCUAAAGUCGCAGUUUAAUUUUGUUAAGUUCCUACUUUCUUUAUUAUAAAAUGUUUUAAGUAAGCAGUUUAGCGACCGCUUGCCGCUUAAUUCAUUGUUCGACCUUCUUGACUCUUGUCCAAUGGACAUUGCGCUAAAAAUAUAGCCUUCCUAUGCAUAUUCGUCAGUGUAUUUUUGUACCCUGAACAGGGUAUGUAUAUAUAUAUCAAUUUACAACAAAGUUUGUAAUGCUUUCAAAAAAUCGUGGGAGAUCCUAUUAAGUAUACAAGGUGCGCCCUAUAAAUAAUCAAACUUUUUGGGUACAGACUAAAAUGAAAAUAGAAUAAUUGAAAAUUAUUAUUUGGUCAAAAAAAUUCAGUGGUUCUAAUAAAUAUUUUCCACACUUCCAAAAGAGAAGAAUAUUUAUUUUGCUGACGACAGUCCAAAAUACAACAAUGUAAAUUUCAAGAAGCCUCCAUAAUCAGACUUGGGUUAGAGCACUUCAUUUCAAACACAUGUAUUAUUGAAAACCGCAAAGCUUAUUCUUUUUUAAUCCCACACUGUUUACAGUCCAACUAUUAAAUGCAUUUAGUGAUGUAGAUAUUAUUUCUAUUAAAUACAUUGGUCGCUAAAAUAUAUAUAUUUUUGAUAAACUAUACCAAUACGAGUAUAUGGAAAAUUCAUCUCGAAAAAAUCUAAGAAAUGUUUGCACUAUAAAAAUAAAAAAACUUACUCAAGAAACACCAAUUAAAAAUCAGUAAUCAUCAGUGGCGUAGCUACAACUUCGGGCGCCCGGGGCCAAGGAUGUUCUGCCGCCCCCCUUUAUCUAGCUACCAACAAGUUUCAUGAGGUGGUUCGAACAAAGGUGAAUUUUUACAAAAUAUCUUCGAUAUUAAGUACAUAAUAUUUAGGAGCUAGAAGCCACGCACAUUCUGAAGUUCCAAAAUUCUCACAAUACGGUUUUUGAGGAAAUUGAUAGUAAAUUUACAAGACAUCUUAUUAAAAGCCAUAGAAAAAACCCAUUUUCGCCCUAUAUCUUGUACAAUUUUGACACAAUUUGCAAGAAUUUUUGCCCGAAUUGGAGUCUUUAAAUACCAUUUUUGAAAAUUUGGAGAAAUAAAAGUGCUUGUUACAUUCAAAGCAUAGGGUAACUGUGAGAGUGACACGUCGCGACGACAGAGUAAAAAUAAAGAUACUGUUUUUUUUUUUGUCACUCCUACGUCGCAAUGUGUCGCUCUCACAGUUUGCUCUAUUCUUCAACUGUGUCAUAUCCGUUGGUUACUCAAAAUAUGUUCGGUUAAAGAAACUAUGGAAUUUUUUGUCUGUACACGAGGCUUGUUACAAAUGUUUCUUGAAAAUGGAAAAAAAUCAUUCAAAAAACGAAUCCACGCUCGUACUACCUUAAGCACGAACGUCGUUACUGAUUCAAAUAGAAUUUGAAACUGUUUCAACUUUAUAUUGCAAUGAUUUGAUUGUGAUUUUGUAGCGAUCAAAUCUAGAAAAGUGCAUCUUUAAGUUUUAUCACUAUUUUUAAGAAAGAUAUAAGCCAAAAGAUAUAAGACAAAUUCAAAGACUGAAGAGUAGUCGAGUAAAAAUUAAUAUUUUUCAUUGUUAUUCAGAUUAUUGCAUUGUGAGUGUAAAACUCUUUAUCUUAUAUAAUAAAUUUUGUAAAAAAAUUUGUUGAAGAAUUUUUCUGAAUAUUAAAAAACAGCGAGGAUCGCUUUGCCGCCCCCAAGACGUUGCGCUCGGGGCGACGGCCCCUUCUCCCCCUCCCCCCCUAGCUACUCCACUGGUAAUCAUAAUAUAUGUAUGUUUGCAUGUGAAUAUUAAGUUUUUAGAGGAAGGUGUAUUCAUUCCUACAUUUAGAUUCUUUGUUUUUUCAUAGUAUGUAGCCAAUUAAUCCCAUUGUUUGAAAUUUAUAAAAUUUAUAACAUAAUAGAGAGCAAGCAUAUAAAAUUUGUGUAUAUGUAAAUGUGUUUAGUAUAUACUUAAUUAUACUUUUUAUAAUAAUUUCGAAGGUUUGUUUUUUGAAAUGCAUAUUUGAGUAAUAUAGUAUAUAUUAUGUAGAUACAUUUUCAAUUAUUUUCGGUGCCCCGUAAUUCUUAAUUAUAUCAUAUUAUCGGAAUGUGUUAUGCAACAGUUUUAAAGCCGUUCUUCCUUUCAGACAGCUUUUUUUGUACUCUUGCAACAUGUUACAACAGAGUUUAAUAGUUUUGUUUACCUAACGGUUGUUUGUAUAACCUAAAAGUAUUCGAGUUAGACAUAGGAUUAUAUACUUAUAUAUAUAUUAAAUGAUAAGGAUGACGAGAUGGGUUGAACUCCGAGUGACUGUCUGUCUGUAAGACCGUCCGUGCAAACGAUACUGGAGUAAAAAUUGAGAUGCUUAAAAUACUUGAUACACAGGCUCCUUGGCAAAAGGUCGAGUUUGUAGAUGGUCGUAAUCGGAUCACUGUCACGCCCACAAAGCGCUGUUAAGCGAUAACGUAUAAAGCGCCAUUACUAAGCUGUAAAUUAAGAUGCACAUUUCGUGUUUAGCAACACGAAUCGUAUUAAAGAGGUACAGCUGUGGUCAGGCAAAUCUUUAGAGAGUGGGUGUGGCCCACCCCAAGUAGGUUUAAUGUAAAUAACCAAUAAAGCUACCAAAUUCUUUCAUACCUGCUUUCAAUAGUGCGAAAAUAGGGGAAAACGGAUGAUAAUCCCUCCCACUUCCCAUUUAACGGUUUUGAUAAAAACUACUAAAUAGGAUAAAUGAGUAACUAAAUGCGUCAGAGACAUUAAGAUGGUAUGAGAAAGCUUUAAAGGAGCCGGUGUAAAAAUUGGACGAUGGAAGUGGCACCGCCCACUUUUAGGUGAAAUCACAUGUCAUGGGACUUGCCCGACCGAUUUCAAUCAAUUUAGGUACAUGGCAUUAUUCUGACAUUCCUAUGUAACAGUGCAAAAACUCUUCUACUUCCCUUAUAACUCAAUUUCAAAUUCCAUCUGAUUCUAACCAUUUUGGUGUACAAACAUGGCCUUAAAUUGUCAAAAUCCAUCAGAAAACAUUCAAGCACCUAAGUAGCGAAUAGUACUAUAGUUGACUUUUUACCGAAAGUAUCCUUUCCUGAUAAUAGUUUGUCUGUGUGCUAAAAAUGGGUUGAAUAGGGUCAAUUCUUCCCUUAGCUCCCUAAUAUAAGGAUUUUCGAAAUUCCGAGUGACUUUAAAUUAGGUGAAAACUUAUCCUAGGCCUCCAUAUAUCUAACAGGCUAAUAUGCUGAAGGUAUUUCCCUGGGAUUAUUCCUUACAAGUUGCAGAAAUAUGAAAUGUUCGGUUAUGCCCGAACUUAGCUCUUCCUUCCUUGUUUACCAUAAAGUUUUGCCAGUUUCGCCAACUUUAAUUCCUGCAAGUUGCAAGAGUAUGAAAUGUUUGGAUGCACCCGAACUUAGCCCUUCCGUACUUGUUUAUUAUAUUUUACAUUAGCACCUCUAUAAAUUUUUGAUCUGUUAAUGUGAUUUACAUUACCCAAUAAGAACAAAAAGUUAAAACGAUUCACAACUUAUGGAGAAAAACAGAGUAAUUUCUUUGUAUGGUAUAUAUGUAUAAUGUAAAAAAGGAGUGAUGAAACGUCCAGUACCUAUCAAAGUUUUUCUUCUACAUUUUUUGAAAAAGUUUGAUUAUUUUAUAUCAUUGUAAAUAUAAUAUUUUUUAUACAGUUAUGCAGAUUUCAUUUGCUCACCUAGUAGAUCCAUUAGUGUCUGUCAAUUUGACAAUAUCUGUUCGAAUUUAUAUGCGUGAAUUAAAACUGAACAAAAUAUUGAAGCAUUAAAAGAAGAAAAAGGAGUAAUAGACAGUGAACUUCAUAAGAGUAUAAGCGAAAUGGAAAAUAAAUGAACCUUGACAAUCCGACGAGCUUUCCAAACCACACCCCUUACGGUAUAUUUGAUACGAAUAAACAAUUUAUUUAUAAAAGAAAA